CUCGACUACGCACACUUCGCAACACAAAGCAUUCACACAACCUUGGGACACCAUGUCGUCAGCCGCCCCCCGAUCCCGGCAGCAGCAGCAGCAGCGACAACAGCCACGUCCUGCCCCCAGCCAAACCGAAACCACCCCAUCCACAACACCACAAACCCAUACCCAACCACAAGCCAUCCUCCGUCUGCGAGGCGCACAUGCCCCCACGGGGAGGUCGGUACAAUGGCGAUCAGACGUGGUCGACAAUGAAGGGAUGGGGAGGAAGAAAUCCAAAGUCUGCUGCAUCUACCACCGCCCCCGGGGCGUCGACGAAUCGAGCGAUUCCUCCUCGUCCGACUCGUCCUCAUCCGACUCCGAUUCCGAUUCCGAGUCCGAGCGCGGGAGCGGGAGCGGGAAGAAAGUGGGGGGCGGCAACGGCGACGGCGAUCACAAGCACGGGCACGGACACGACUGCGACGGGCACCACGGCCACUCCCACUCGCAUCGGGGGCGGGGUGGGGGGAAGCGGCGGCAGAAGCGCCAGCCGAGUCCGAAUGCGUACGAGAAGAUGCCGCGGUACGAUAAACCGGUCAAGGAUGGGGAUGGGGAUGGCGAUGGUGGGGAGGGGAAGGGGAAGGGUACGCCCGGGCAGGGGCCGCAGGGGCCGCAAGGGGCAUGAGCGCUGGUUAUUGAAUACAUGGAUAUUGCCUGGGUACGGUAUAGAACGGUUUGGGUUACCGAGGGUUGGGGCGUUUACACGGGGGGGAAUGGCAUGGAUGGAAAGCGCAGGGUGAAGCGACUUGGUAGUCGCAAUGUACUAGAGGCUUCGGUUUAGGUUCUUCCUAGACAAGUUGGUGGCCCAUGGCAUUUGGAAGUAAUAGUCACAUUCCCGAGGACUACACAUAGAUUACUGUUGUACUCACCGGCCGGUCCUUAUGGAAAAGGCGGUAGUAAAGAUGGUAUUCAAGACACGGCAGUCUAGAACGACAGGGUUCAAAAGAUGAUACUCCACGAAUCGACCUAGCAUGCACGUCGUAGGC